UGUUGUGCCCUUCUAGUCUUUGUUCCAUUCACAAAAACCCUUCUUUACUUUUUGGUUCCUUUCUCCAAAACCCAGAACGAGUAAUACUUGACUUGUAUGAUUUAUGUGUUCAUACUUCAACGUUGCUGUAAAUAACUACUAGGCGAUCCACACUAAUGAAGUGGCGUUUCCCAUUAAAAAGUUGUUUGAAGCAAAGUAGAAGAGCAAAAAUGUUAGAAGAAACUUCUAGCAAAAGACAACGAGAACGGGAAGAUGAUUGGUCGAAUCUUCCGCGUGACCUGCUGUCAAAUAUUGCAGAUGAUUUGGGACUGAUGGAGUUGAUGAAUCUCCGUGGUGUUUGCAAGGAUUGGCGCAAUGUUUCUUCAGAAAAUUUGCUCAAUCAAGUGGAAUCUUUUGGAUGUGAUCCCUGGUUUCUUCUCUAUGAUGGGGAAGGUUCUAAGUGUUCCUUGCUAUUAAGCAACCACGAUAAGAUCUGCACUGCCACCAUUCCUGAACUUGAGGGGGCAACUUGCCUUGCAUCCCAUGAAGGAUGGCUACUAGUCUUUCGCGGCGGUUCAAUGUUCUUCUUCUGCCCCUUUUCCAUGGCGAAAAUAGAGCUUCCAAACUGCCCUUUCACUGAACUAUCUGGUCAUGUUGCAGCAUUUUCAGCUCCUCCCACUUCUCAAGAUUGCCAUGUUGUUGUGAUUAGACGCGGCGAUGAUGGUGAAUUAGAAUUGCACUUGCUUUCUCGGGGGCACGACACUUGGGCUAAGCACAACCGUAAUUUCAGAGUAGAACAAUUUAGUACAAUAGCGGCUGCAAUUUUCAUUCAAGGGGUGUUUCAUUUCCGGGACGACAAGCAAGGGUUAGUCACAUUUGAUGCUGCUGCUGAAACUGAAAAAUGGACUAUUUAUCGUAUUAUAAGGCCAACAGAACCUGUAACAACUGCAACUACCUUGAAUUAUAGCUUACGCACAGGCAAGCUUGAAUCCAUUGAUUUCAGUAAAUUGGGAUUAGAUAGAAAGAGAGUUUCAAUUUCUGCAUGUGGGACUCUAUAUUCAGACUAUAGUGACAACGGUGUAGUUGAGAAAGUGAUUCCAGAUGAAAGCAUUGAGGCAAAUAUAUCCUCUAUAGGAUCUGAAAGCCCUCACUUUAAAGGAGUAUGGAUCAUGCCAAGAUAUCAUACACCAAGCAUGGAUCAUAGAUGGUAACUUAAUGGAGGUUUUUUUUUAAUCUAGUUCUUAUUUUGUGUUGAGACUUUCAUGGAUUUGUUAUUUAUUUCAAACUUAGGAUUUUGAAUAGUUGAUUUGUGGAUGAAUCACUUUCAUUUGAAGAAGUUUUUAUUUAGAUGUAUCCUUUAAUUUUUUGCUGUGUAUGUCUUCAUGUUCAGGUAUGUUUAUAUUGCCAUGAU